GUCUUCAACAACAACAACAACAGUUAGCUAGCCAGCCACCUCGGUAGCUUGUUAGCCAACAUAGCGGAAACAUUGUAGCUCUUUAGAAGCUUUCAGCGUAUUUUCAACACAUUUAUUUCGUCUAGCUGUUACCCCAUUUAAUUUCAUAUUUACGUUGUUAGUUAUCUAUCUAGCUGGUUAAGUUAGCAAUAACACUAAGCUAGUUGCUGAUGCUAGUUAGGUAGCAAGCUAAACACCUCAUGACAGGAGGUCACUAAGCUAACUCGGUCUGCUGGACGGAGAAAGAAACUCGAGAAAGAAGAGAAGGCUGUUAAACUAAUUAAAAACAAGUAGAGGGUGAGGAUGUUACAGUAAAAGAGGAAGAAGCUUUCAGAGUGAAAGAGGAAGAGGAGGAUGUUGGCUACCGUGAAAGAAGAGGAGGAAGAGAAGGAUACCGUUUUUGUAAUGAAGGAGGAGGAGGAAGGAGACAUGACUGUUACAGUGAAAGAAGAGGAAUACGUUUUUGAAGUGAAGGAGGAGGAGAUUACUGUCACAUUGGAGGAUGAAGAAGAGAAGACUGGAGAACUGAUUAACACCAGUAAAUACAGAGAGAGACCAGACUCUCACUCUGACGGCAGGAAGAGUCCUUCAGAGGAACCAGACCCAGAGAUGCCCAAACCAGCGAGACGACACCACUGCUCCCAGUGUAAUAAGAGUUUUAAGUGGUUAUGGAAGCUGAAAGAGCAUGGUAGAACACACACAGGAGAAAAGCCUUACCACUGCUCUCAGUGUGGAAAGGAUUUUACCAAUUUAGGGAACCUAAAAAAACAUAUAAAAUUACACACAGGAGAGAAGCCUUUCCAAUGCUCUCAGUGUGGAAAGGGUUUUACACGGUUAGGGAACCUGAAGGACCAUAAAAGAAUACACACAGGAGAGAAACCUUUCCAAUGUUCCCUGUGUGGAAAUGGUUUUACUCAGUUAGGGAACCUGAAAAGGCAUGAGAGAAUGCACACAGGAGAGAGAACUUUCCAAUGUUCCCAGUGUGACAAGAGUUUCACACAGUUAUGGAGCCUGAAAGAACAUAAAAUAGUACACACAGGAGAGAAGCCUUUCCAAUGCUCCCAGUGUGGAAAGGGUUUUAUUCUGUUAGGAAACUUGAAAAAGCAUGAGAGAACACACACAGGAGAGAAGCCUUUCCAAUGUUCCCAGUGUGGGAAGAGUUUUACACAGUUAGGGAGCCUGAAAGCUCAUGAAAGGACACACACAGGGGAGACAUCUUACCAUUGCUCUCUGUGUGGAAAGAAUUUUACCAAGUUAAAGAACCUAAAAAAACAUAUAAAAUUACACACAGGAGAGAAACCUUUCCAAUGCACCCAAUGUGGAAAGGAUUUUACACGGUUAGGGAACCUGAAGGAUCAUAAAAGAAUACACACAGGAGAGAAGCCUUUCCAAUGUUCCCAGUGUGGAAAGAGUUUUACACGGUUAGGGAACCUGAAGGACCAUCAAAUAAUGCACACAGGAGAGAAGCCUUUUCAAUGUUCCCAGUGUGGAAGUGGUUUUACCCAAUUAGGGAACCUGAAAAGGCAUAAGAGAAUACACACAGGAGAGAAGUCUUUCCAAUGUUCCCAGUGUGGAAAGAGUUUUGCACAGUUAGGGAGCCUGAAAGAACAUAAAAUAGUACACACAGGAGAGAAGCCUUUCCAAUGCUCUCAGUGUGGAAAGGGUUUUACCCUGUUAGGGAACCUGAAAAAGCAUGAGAGAAUACACACAGGAGAGAAGCCUUUCCAAUGUUCCCAGUGUGGAAAUAGUUUUAAAAGUUUAGGGAGCAUGAAGGAGCAUGAAAGAACACACACAGGGGAGACAUCGUACCAUUGCUUUAUGUGUGGAAAGGAUUUUACCAAGUUAGGGAACCUAAAAAAACAUAUAAAAUUACACACAGGAGAGAAACCUUUCCAAUGCUCCCAAUGUGGAAAGGGUUUUACAAGGUUAGGGAAUCUGAAGGACCAUAAAUUAAUACACACAGGAGAGAAGCCUUUCCAAUGUUCCCAGUGUGGAAAGGGUUUUACCCAGAUAGGGAACCUGAAAAGGCAUGAGAGAACCCACACAGUCUUAACAAUAACCCCAGGAGUUGGAACCAGUUCAGAAAACAGAACAGAAAACCGCAAAAAAAAAAGUGUUUUAUUGAGGAACAGAAACAGAACCGGGAAAGAAAGUGAUCUCUACCGUUCUGGAACAGAAGCAUUAUUUUAAAAGUAUCGUAACCGGUUAAUAAUGUUUCAUUUAAAGUAAUUGUCCUGUGAAAAUCUAACUUUUUAAAGUUAAUCGUCUCUUAAUUCAUAUCCAAAUAAUGUUGUUGACUCGUCCGAUUCUCGUAUUUGAGGCCAAAGCAUAAAUUAUUAUAUAAUAAUUAUUAAUUAUUAUCAUAAAUUACAGGAAGAAAAAAAACUCUUUAAAAAUUACUAUUUCCUCAUACAACAUCUCCCUGAGGAGGAUGAACUGGCCAAUCAGCGGUCUUGAGGAGAAUGAGCUGGCCAAUCAACGGUCUACUCGUGUUAUUUUUUAUGACCCGGUAUACGUCCACACCAUUCUGUUGUUGGGGUACGCCCCACACCAUUCUGUUAGGAAGGCUUUCUUAAUGUUUUGUACUGUGUGCCUCUGCAUUAUGUAUUGUUACACCAUGUAGGAGCAGUAUAAACCUAGUCUGUUCAUUAUAUACAUCUACAUGAUGUAUUGUUACACCACGUAGGAGCAGUAUAGACCUAGUCAAUUCGUUAUAUAUAUGCUAAUACUAUCUGUUUGUUUGACUGAAUUAAUAUUAUAUUUAAUAUUAUUAUUAUAAAUUAUAUAUAAAAUUAUAAAUUAUAUAUAAAAUUAAUAAGACGUUGCCUUAAAUGCAGAUGUGUAAUAGAUGUUUUUUUUUUAAUCCCCACUCAUUAAAAUUCUGCACUAAUCAAUCAACACUUGUUUCUCUUUAUACGUCUCAUGAAAAAUUAACUUUUUUGGUCAACUUCCAGGUCAGUAGCAUCAGUCAAACCUUACACACACACACACACACACACACAC